CCGAGAAAAGAUCCGAUGUUUCGCACGCCAUCUUUCUAAAUUAACCAUCAAUCCUCACCGUUCAUCUGUCCUACCAAACACCUGAUUUAAUUUUAUUUUUCUUAUGCGACUGCAAGUAACAUAGCUAAUGCCCAAUGCGAAGAAAAACCCUAAUACACAAGGCCCUCUCGCUUAUAUAUAUAAAGUGCGAGUUAGACCUCACAAUAGAAGCCUCGGCGGCGUACUAAACCUCUCAGCUUUCCGAGGUAAGUAAAAAUGGCGGUGCCGUUGCUGUCGAAGAAGAUCGUAAAGAAGAGGGUCAAGAAGUUCAAGAGGCCACAGAGUGACCGCAAGAUCUCUGUCAAGACAAACUGGCGUAGACCAAAGGGUAUUGAUUCUAGAGUCCGAAGGAAGUUCAAGGGAUAUACUCUGAUGCCUAACAUUGGCUAUGGUUCGGACAAGAAGACUCAUCAUUAUCUUCCAAAUGGCUUCAAGAAAUUUGUUGUCCACAAUGUCAAAGAAUUUGAACUGUUGAUGAUGCAUAACAGGACUUAUUGUGCUGAAAUUGCACAUGAUGUGUCAACAAGAAAGAGGAAAGAGAUUGUGGAGCGAGCUGCCCAGCUAGAUGUUGUUUUCACGAAUAAGCUAGCUAGGUUGCGAAACCAGGAGGACGAAUGAGCUUAACAUAGAUUUGGAGUGAGAACAUCUAGUUUGCUUACUAGUUUUUGAUAUUUAUUAUUUUUUUUGCAAUCAAUUUAACUUGGGUGAUUAAUAUCCUUACGAUGAAACUUGUUAUUUAUGAAGUGCCAUAGAACCUCUUCU